AUGACAACCGAUGCCACUAAUAGAUCGGAAGGACUAAUACGAGUCGCCAGGGUUGGCCAACUUCCUGAAUCUACUCUAAUGCAUAACCAAUGGGGCGAUCUACCAAUCAGUGAGGAGGCCUCGAAUGCCGGGGGCUACACGCCUUCACGUUGUGAGCCAAUCACCGUGCCCCUGUGCAAAGGUGUCUUUUACGAAUAUACGCAAAUGCCCAACAUGUUCAACCACGAAACUCAGGAGGAAGCCGGUCUUGAGGUAAAUUGCAGUCCUCAUGUCCCUCACUGUCUUUUAUCUUCUCACUCUUUCUCUUCAUUUUUGCUAAUUAUUGUCCUCCUUUCCGAAGCCCUGAUGCCCGCCUUCCCCUAUAUAUUCCUCCCAAAUUAG